UUACUCGGAAGUCAGCCGGAAGUGGGCGUAGCUUGUUGUUGUGGAGUCAGGUGAUCGCGGGAUCGGUGCUGCCUGGUAUUAUUGAGGAUGGCGGUAAUCCCGGCAUACACUGCGGCGGCGGUCCUGCUGCUGCUGGCGGCGGUGCAGAGCGCUGAGGGGAAGAAUUCGGAGGAUGUGCGCUGCAAAUGUAUCUGCCCCCCCUACAAAGACAAACCAGGGAACAUAUACAACAGGAACGUGACCCAGAAGGACUGCGAUUGCCUUCAUGUGGUGAGCCCCAUGCCGGUUCCCGGAGCGGAUGUUGAAGCGUAUUGUCUGCGCUGUGAAUGUAAAUACGAGGAGAGGAGCUCUGUCACCAUAAAGGUGACGAUCAUCAUUUACUUGUCCAUCCUGGGCCUCCUCCUGCUCUACAUGCUGUACCUGACCCUGGUGGAGCCCAUGCUGAAGAGACGCCUCUUUGGUCACUCUCAGCUCAUACAAAGUGAAGAUGAUGUCGGGGAUCACCAACCUUUUGCCAACGCCCAUGAUGUGCUGGCCCGCUCCAGGAGCCGCGCCAAUGUGCUGAACAAGGUGGAAUACGCUCAGCAGCGCUGGAAACUACAAGUGCAGGAACAGCGCAAGUCCGUCUUCGACCGCCAUGUUGUAUUGAGCUAAUCAGAGGGAGGCGACACCGCAGUUCAGAUUCCUGCACAAUACCGUACCUGCAGGAUUCACAUGCCUCCCCCCACCCCUCAAUGUGCAGGAGCCCCUGUAAUGUGCUGAUUUUUGAGUAUUGACCACGUCCUAGUAAUACAGCGGUUAAUGCCAGCACCGCGGACGCAGUUACUUCUUCAUAUUCCUGCAUCAGUCCCGCUGCCUGCACACUGAUUACUGGACAGUAUCGGACGCUCCAUUCCUUUCAUUCUGCCGCAGGAUCCCCCCGUUAUUCACACCGUAGGAUCGUAUCGUUACACUGCAACACACGGAUGUUGGAAAGGAUUAGGGCUCAUGCACACGGUCGUAUUUUCUGUCCACAUCCGAUCCGUGAUUUUUUUUGCAGAUCAGAUGCGGAUCUAUUCAUUUCAGUGGGGUCGCAAAAGAUGUGGACAGCACACCGCAAAACAUUUACAGCCAUGUGCAUGAGCCCGCCACACCAGCCAGUAUUCAGUCAUUCUGCACGACCCCUGAUUGUAUAAUGAAACCUUCUGCAACUUUGUAAUACAAUUUGUGUUCAAUUCCUUAACAGUUAAGAUCUCUGCUUGCAUUUGGCAUACAGGGAACAUUUUGUUUUCAUUUUAGACUGAUGUCUAUGGCCGCCUUAAGUUGAUCAAAAUGGACAAUUUCAACCUAAACGAACAUUCGUCAGUGGAAAUUUAACAAGGAAUGAUCGUUUUAGCCGACAGAUUUUGUCUUGCAGUCGGAUGGAA